AUGGCCGCUUACGCACAGAAAACAGUCAAACAGCUCCAAAAAGAGCUUGAAUCGAGACAAUUGGCCACCAAUGGUAUCAAGAAAGACCUUGUUGCUCGGUUAGAGACCGACGACGCCGAAAAGGGGGAAGAAAAGCCAGCAGGAUCAAAAGAGGAGAUCCCAGAGGUACAGGAGGAACCUGCCAAAGAAGAAGAUAAAGAAGCUCCGGUACCCGAGGCCAAGCCAGAGUCUCCUGCUGUAGCGCCUGCCGAAUCUGCUGCUGUCGCGGAUACCGUAACGGACGUGAAACCAGCGGAACCUGAAUCCAAACCAUUUUCUCCGGAGGAGGCUAAAACCAAGGCUCUCGAGCACCUUCAGGUAAAGCUGCGCCGUGCCCAGAAGUUUGCCGAUGAUCAAACUACAAUCGAUUCUUUGCAGCGACAAAUCGCACGUAUCCAGAAGUUCGGACUUGACCAGACUACUCAAUUGGCGCGUGAAUUGGGCUUAGGCCAAGGUCCACAGAACACCAUUGCCCGACACAAUAAGAAAAAAACCUCUCAUAAGGGAACCAAGAACAAAAGAUAG